GCCAACCUCUCCCGAACCCACGUGGGUUUGCUCGCACAGGCGCAGAGUGGAGCCGAACGGGACGCCGGGAACAGAAAGCCAUGUCUCUGCUAGCAUCCAUCGUCAGCAGCAACUGCCAAGAACUGUGAAGAACCUGACAUUUUAUCCUAGUUGAAAGCCGACAGUCAGCCCGGUUUGCUGGAUGCCGGCAGAAGACAUGGACCCUGUGCCAACUGGCUUAUAGUGCUUCAGCUUGGAAUUUUGCCACGAGGAGGGGGAGCCGGCUUGGAAGGAGAACAGCUGGGCCUUCAGGGAAGCUGGCAUGCAGCUUGGCUUGGCUUUCCCUGACCAUUCCCUGCUGAAUUUCCACCUUUGCUGGUUGUGCUUCUGGAGCCUGGGUCGGAAAAAACAGCUCCAACCUAUCCUGAAUUUCUCCGCAUGGCUUCCAGAGAAGUGACCAUUACAGUACGCCUCAUUCGUUCUUUUGAGCAUCGCAAUUUCAAACCUAUAGUGUAUCAUGGAGUUAAUUUGGACCAAACUACAAAGGAAUUUAUAGUAUUUCUAAAGCAAGAUAUUCCUUUGAGGACCAGCCUGCCACCACCAUUCAGAAAUUAUAAAUACGAUAAACUAAAGAUUGUUCAUCAAGCACAUAAAUCAAAGACGAAUGAGCUUGUGUUGAGUCUGGAAGAUGACGACAGACUCAUGCUGAAGGAAGACAGCACGCUGCGAGCCGCUGGAAUCGCUCAUGAAACUGAAAUUGCAUUCUUCUAUGAAGAAGAUUAUAAGAACUACAAAGCUAAUCCCAUUUCAUCCUGGUGAAAACCCUUUGGGGUCUCCCUUUUUGCAAACCUGUCUUAAGCUUUUUAUCCCACUAGUGAGUUUUUUUUUUUGAAAUUGAUAAAUAAACUUAAAAAAUCAA